GGCGUUCCCCACAGCACUUCCGCUUCCGGUCCUUUGGGGUGAGGUAGCGCGGAGCUGUGAGGGCCUGGGGGGGCACGGCCGGGACCCUCCUGAGCCACCAUGGCCCUGCCGGAGUGGCACAUCGCCGUGAAGCUGGCCGAGCAGCCGCUGGCCCCCAAAGCCAUCCUACGCCUGCCGGAGACCGAGCUGGGCGAGUGCCCGCUGGGCGGCUGCAGCAUCUCGCACCUCAAGCAGCUGAUCACGGGCAAGCUGCAGGAAUCCAUGCCGGACCCCGAGCUCAUCGACCUGAUCUACUGUGGCCGGAAGCUGAGGGAUGACCAGACCCUGGAUUUUUAUGGAAUCCAGUCUGGCUCCACUGUCCAUGUCCUGCGCAAGUCCUGGCCUGAGCCUGACCAGAAACCAGAGCCCGUGGAUAAGGUGGCAGCAGUCCGGGAAUUCCGUGUACUGCACACUGCCCUGCAUAGCAGCCCUGCCUACAGAGAUGCUGUCUUCAAGAUGCUGGGAAACAAGGAAUCCCUGGAUCAGAUCAUUGUGGCUACUCCCGGCCUCAGCAGCGACCCCGUGGCUCUGGGAGUUCUGCAGGACAAGGAUCUGUUCUCUGUGUUUGCAGACCCCAGCAUGCUGGACACGCUGAUCCCGGCUCACCCUGCCCUGGUGAACGCCAUCGUGCUGGUGCUGCACUCGGUGGCGGGCAGCACCCCCCUGCCAGCCCCGGACACGUCCUCGCGGGCCAUGGCCCUGGGCUCCUACCGGGACAUGCCAGGUGGCUUUCUCUUUGAGGGGCUCUCUGAUGAUGAAGAUGACUUCCACCAGAGCACGAGGUCCACCCCUUCCAGCAGCACGUCCGGCUCGCGCCCGGCCUCGCUGGGCUACGCGGGGGCAGCGGGGCCCCGGCCCAUCACCCAGAGCGAGCUGGCCACAGCCCUGGCCCUGGCCAGCACCCCUGAGAGCAGCUCCCACACACCCACCCCGGGCACACAGGGCCACUCCUCCGGGACGUCCCCGAUGUCAUCCAGUGUGCAGUCGGGGACACCCAUCACCAACGACCUCUUCAGCCAGGCCCUCCAGCACGCCCUGCAGGCCUCAGGGCAGCCCAGCCUCCAGAGCCAGUGGCAGCCCCAGCUGCAGCAGCUGCGAGACAUGGGGAUCCACGACGACGAGCUCAGCCUGCGGGCCCUGCAGGCCACAGGAGGGGACAUCCAGGCUGCACUGGAGCUCAUCUUUGCUGGGGGGGCCCCCUAAAUCUUCCUGCUGGACUGGGGCAGGACAGAGCACAUGCACAGCACGCACCCCUCCCCUGCUGGCAGCCCCAAUCCUCCAGGAUAACGGCGGAUUAGCCGGAUCACAGAUGCUCCUGCCCAAAGCUGGGGAGCGUUGAAGGCUCUCCCGGCCACCAGCACGUCCAGUUUGCCUUCCUGCACCACCUGGAUUCUCGAUUUAGGGCUCGUUGCUGUCCCAAAACUGUGUUUUUCGUGUCACUCCUUGGAUAUUUGAUCCCUCUGUUGACCCACGUUUGGCAUGAAGCCGUUUUCUCUGCUAUUUCUGCUUCCCAACGCCCCCAGCAAGCUGAGAACUGCCUGGAUUUUUUAGGUUUUUUUGGGCUGGAAAGUGACUUUUCCCAGAUUUCCUUUCCCAAACGGCAGGGCUUGGCUGGGAGCAGCAGCUCAGGCACAUGCACUGGCUGCAGCAGAGGAGAAGUUGGCAGCGCUGCCGCUCACGACAUCGCUUCCCUCGCCCGCCAGAGCCGUGCCUGAGCACAGGGGGAGCUGCGGGGAGGGGGAGAGGCUCUGCUGCCUCCUGCACGGCUGGGCAGCAACUGAGCUCUGCUGCAGCAGCUCCUGCAGCAGAGAGGGAGCUCGGAGGGGGCUGGGAGUGGCUCUGCAGCUGCCCCGGGGCUGCACGUUCCUGCUCCCAGUCUCACGUGGGAGGAGGGAUGCUCAGGGGCUCUGCAAGGGCAGGAGCAGCAGAACAGUAGGGAAAGGCUUGAAAGGACAGGAUUAGGUUGGAUAUCUGAGGGUGGGCAGGCCCUGAGAGCUUGUGCUGCCCCUGAAUCCCUGGCAGUGUCCCAGGCCUGGUGGGAGGUGUCCCUGCCCAUGACAGGGGUGGAAUGGGGUGGCUUUAGGGUCCUUGUCACUAAUUGUGAGUGGCUGAGCACGACAGAGACAGAGCAAACUGAUGCUUGUUCCUUGUGCUCCAUCCCUGGAGGUGCCCUGGCAGCUCCCCCUGCCACUUUGGGAGCAGAAUGGAUGUGCUCUGCUUGGCUCUCAGUUCAUCCCUCCUGCCCCUCUCACACUCUGUUCUCCAGCCCAGCAGCCCUGGUUGGGCUUUACUGGGAGCAGACUGGGAAGUAGGUGUUGCCUGACCCUGGAAGAGGAGGAGGUCAGGCCACAGUUCCCCAACGUCAGCAGGGACCUUCUGUUUGUGACAUCAAAGAGCUGAUCUUGGUCUGCUUCCCUGCUGGCCUCGCUGGGGAAGCUGUGACAGCAGGGAUGGGUGGCAGCAGCUGCUUUUCCUCCCCUUUUUUCCAUAAUCCUGUUUUUCAUCCCUUUGCUGGACACCUGGAGGGGGUGGAGGUUUGGCUGGGCCCUGCACCAUGUGUUUUCUGGAGCCCUUCUUCUCCUUGUCUCCCUCAUUUUGGGCUGAUUUGUCUCUGCUGGUUCAUUUUCCAGCAAAAGGGUGGAGCAGAGGCCGAGCAGAAUCUCCCAGGUGGCUUUUGCAGUGCCUCAAGCAAUGUUGGACAGAUUUCCAUGGGAUAAUGUUGGCUCCUUGCUCCCCCAGUUUGUUCCAGUCACAUCCUGGGGCUCCACACCUUGCCCUGAGCACAGAAAUUCCAGAAAAUCGGUGAAGGUGACUUUCCCUUCUUCUCCAGGAUUUGUUGGGCAGGUACAUCCAGCAGGAGCAGCAGCAGGAAUUUGUCUGGCACAGCCUUUGCCCAUCAACUUUCUUUUUUGCAGAGGUUUCCUGGCUGCUUCCAGCUUUGUCCUUGUACGAAAGGCCAAAACACACCAAAAUUUAGAGUUUUUCAUUCUUUCCCAGCUCUGUUCUGGUUCAGUGAGCUGUGAGGGGUCUCAGGGGCGGGACAAAGAGGGGACAGAGGUGUCCUUGGCAAUAAGGACAUUUUGGUCUUUCUCAGGGAAACCUUGGAGAAAGGAGCAAAGUUCUGAUUUUGGGACAGCUGAUGAGGUGACAGCACGGAGACAGGGCAGGUGAUACAUCCCAGUGACCCGUGUCCUGUGGGAUUUGCUCCCUUUCCUCCAUGAAUCACCAUUUUCCUGUUAAAGUGACAAAAAGGGAGCUCUGAUUCCAGCCCUCCAAGCUCUCUUUUAAGGUUACAGAGUUGAGAGGCCCCACGUGAUCCACAAUAUAAACCAGGCAACUAUUUUAAUUUGGUGAAAGCAGAAAUGGGCUGAAAAUGUCACCCUGUGAGAAUAUUUCUAUUUCCUUAUGUUCCCUUUUAUAUUUAUAGUGUUCUAAUAUUCACAAACGUGUCCCAAAAUCCCUUUGAGAGGGUUUUCCCCCCCUCCAUCUCUGAAAUAAAUGCUGAUUUAAGAGCA